GCUUCCCAGUGGUCUGACUUUGGGGAAGUUCCUCAGCUCCUCUUGAGUUUAAUUCUCUCCAUCUGGACAUUGAAAAUGUUGGCUCCAGCUUCCUAAGGCCGCAUGCGCAUGCAUGCAUUAGAUGCGAUGCUGAAGCUAAAGGACACCCAGCAGGCGCUUGGUAGAGGCCAGUCUCCCUGACUGCCAGUUGUUCUUCCCCAUCUAGAGAAGUGCCCUGCUUUGCUGUGUCAAUGAGGAGAGGGACAAGCACAGAGAGGGACAGGACUUGGUUAAAGCCACACAGCAUUAGUGGUAGGGCUGGGGCCGGGACACUGCUCCCAGCCGGGUGCUCCCUCCACUCCUCAGCUUCUGCCUAGGGUGCUUGGGGGACCACAGGGACUUCUUUAGGGAUUCUUUUCUUCAGUGGCCAGUGGCCCAGCUAUACCACAGGUGAAAUUGGCUCAAAGAAAGAGCUGAGAAAAGAUUUAGCCAUUCAGAGGCCCAGGGAGGAAGCUGCCUGUGUGAUGGAAGGAGAGGCAAAUCCUGCCUCUCGUUCUGUCCCUUCCCCUUUUCCGCAAAGGUCGUGUCCGGCUGGGAGGAAGGGUCUGGAGGGAUCACAGGGGAAACAGAAUUCGGCUGGCCGGGCCCAGCCCUAGGAAAGUCUAACCCCAUCUGCUUACCCCUGAGCAGCCAGGUAAACCUGUACAUCCCAAAGGUGACCAUCUCCGGAGCCUAUGACCUCAGUGCCAUCCUGGGGGACAUGGGCAUUGCAGACUUGCUCGACAAGGGGGCAGAUUUCUCCGGCAUCACCCAAGAGGCCCAGCUGAAGUUGUCAAAGGUGGUCCAUAAGGUUGUGCUGCAACUCGAUGAGAAGAGCUUCAAGGCAGCCGAAUUCCCCAUGGUCAUGCUAGACAUGGCAUCUGAGCCUCUCACCUUCCACUUCAACCGGCCCUUCAUUAUUAUGAUCUUCGACCACUUCACAUGGAGCAGCCUUUUCCUGGGCAAGGUUGUGAAUCCGACCUAAGGGCACGGCCCCCAGGAGCCACAGCCCCAGCUGACCUGCACACGAGGGAGCCCACAGAAACACUCUGGGAGGUGGGAGUCCCCCCCCCCCGCCCUGUCUUCUCCAGGUUCUUCUGUCCAAAUAAAUUACCAUCACUACAACUGCUGGUAGGUGUGGUUGAAGGGACAAAGUGGGACCAGUGACAAACUCGGAAUGAUAGCAUGCGAUCUUGCGCCCCUGUAAUUUCCUGGUGUUGAUCAUCGUGCUGUGGUUAUGUAAUAUGUGGAAGCUGGGGGAAGGAUAUAUGGAAACACUAUUGUUUUUGUAAAUGUUUGUAAGUUUGAAAUUAUUUCUAGAAAAGGAGGAAAUCAUGCAACCCCAAACAUGACAGAAAGACAUCUUAAGUGCUAGGGGAAAUGUUGUGACAUCUUCAAAAAAGAAAGAGAAAGAAACAAAGCAAUCCUUCAAAAAUGAAGGCAAAAUAAAGGUUUUUUUUUUUUCCAGACAAACAAAAGCUGGGAAAGUUUGUCACCUUCCCUAAAGAAAAGUUUUAAGUAGUUUUUCAGGCUGAAACAAGAUGAUGCUCAGUGGAAAUUUAGACCUACACAAAAGAAUGAAGAGUACUGGAAAGGGCAAAUAUGCGAGCAAAUAGAAAGCAUUGUUUAAAAUAUCUUUAAAAUAUAAUUAACUGUCUAAAGCAAAAAUAGUGAUCAGUUU